UUGCUCCCCCGGAUUUUCAAGGGCCGUCGUUGGCGCGCCGGACACCGCGAAAGCUGCGGUGCUGUGCCAGCUUCUGAGCCCUAUCUCCGAAUGACUCGAUUCCAGGGCCUUCGAGCUGUCAAGAAGAAAAGAGAACUCUUCCCAGGGCCAACGCCGGCGUCUCCGGGCUCGCUCACGUUGCCGUCAGCCGCCUUGUCCAGGUAA